UCUUCUCUGCCUUCACACCGCGCGAGGAGUAACAUGACUAGACAGACUGCUGGAGCAUAGUUACAGUUAUCACCUGUCUGUAGGUUGAUAAUAUAUACUUAUAUUAUUUUACAUUCACACACACAUGUGUGUUUUAGAUGUGGAGACUGGAGCAAUGGAUGAAUGAGAACAGUGGCUAAAUCUGCUGCUUGGUCAUCAGCCUGCUGUCUGUCUGACUGACUGUCUGUAUGACACUACAGUUUUAGGGAUUUGUCUAUGGCCACGACUACACACACAAAAGGUGACGUCACCCCUGAUGCCCCAUGGAUAUCAGUUACCCCUGCUGGUCUGUGGCAGGUGCAGAGGAGAUGGACAGGAGAGAGAAAACAAGGAGAUGACACUCCACUAAUGGGUUCUGUAUGCAAAAUUAGAGUGUACCUCAAGACCCACACAGAAUCAGACACCCAACCACCAAGCCUUAAUGAAACGGAACCGGCGGUCAGUGAUGAUUCUGACAAUCAAGUCACACAGCAUCCUCGCUCCCAAGAUUCUGUGCUGCAGGUGCCACUGGACAGAUGGGUCCUGUUGCGCAUGGGAGAGGGGCAGUGUGACAUUGUAGAGAGCUGCUUGGAGAGAAUGAGAGCUGGAGAGAGUUGUGAGUUCACUGUAAAGGCCCAUCCAGAGGAUUCCACACAAACUUCCAUGGAUGCAAACGGCCCCCUGACAAAAAAGACGGAAGAGAGCAAACAGUGUCAACAUUUUUCUCUGCAGCUCCACUCUUUCACUCCUGGACAGGAGUCCUGGCAGAUGAGUCCUGCAGAGAAAUGGUCCUGGGUUCAAUCUCACAGACAGAGGGGCAGUCAACGGUUCGGAAAGGGAGAUAUCUGGGGUGCAGCACAGUCUUACUGUUGUGCUGUUAAACUGGUCAUCACACUUAAAGGACAUACCAGAGCAAACAAAAGGGACCAGAAGGAGUUAAAUGAAAGUGAGGAACAAGAUUCACCAACACAAGAUGAUAUCGGAGAGAAAGAGGUCACAGACACUCAAAGCCCUCACAAACCAACUGAGAAGGAGUACAGAACUAUGAAAGCCGAACUCCACUCAAAUCUAUCCCUGUGCCAGCUCAAGCUAAACCAGCCAGCGAAGGCCAGGGACAGCAGCACCAAAGCCACUGCACUGGACCCAUUAAGCUUUAAGGCCUGGUAUCGGCUUGGCCAGGCCUGCUUGCAGAUGGGGGAUUUCUGGGAAGCCCGCCAAGCCUUUACAAAGGUUCUAGAGCUCCAGCCAGAUUCUGCCUCAGCCCGCACUGCUUUGAAACAAGUGAAUUCUAAAGCGAAAGAAGUUGACAAUAAGCUUGGUCAAAGGCUAAGCAAAAUGUUCAGCUAGAGCUUGUUUGUAUUGUUAAGGGCUUCAAUAAAUGUAGGAAUAAAUGUGUGACUAAUCAGAGGUACGAAUCUAAAGCUGCAUUACUAAAUCUAGGCUGUAGUCGCAUGUAUGUAUACCAUAGAAGGCUCUUCCAAACUAAAGUGGCCCUUUGUAUAAAACCAAAAAAGCAAGCCAAGGUUUGAUGUGAUUUAGAGGAUUUGGGUGCCAACAAUUAUCUGUGCAAAUAUAAAGUAAUGGGAAGAAAAGAAAAUAGCACUAUGAAGGUUAAAUCAAAAUCCAAAGAAAAUCAAAAACAUUGUUUUAAAAAUGUUUGGUUUUGCAAUUAAGAUAAUAAAAAAGUACAUAAACUUUAUGCCACAGGUCCACUAUGUGACGUUUGCAUGUGACAUCACUGGUUAGACUGUUCCACUUGUGUGAACAAUAGUCUACCAAAUAGGAGCCUUUACAGGACGGUCUACCAAGAAUCUAGCCUACCUCAACUGCAGCCUAGGCUAUGGAAUGCAGCUUAAACCCUGAUUUAAAAACAUAUUUAGAACAUGCAUACUUCAUGCUUAAUGCCUUAGUAAGUAGUACACUGUAUAUGAGGGCAUAUGUAACGAAUGCUCAAACACUAUAAGAUCCCAAUGUACAAGAAAUGUUGUUUUGUGGAUGGUGGAUGUCUGCUGCUGAAAUAAAGUUUCAUUAAAAAACCUG